ACUAUAUUUUAAGAGCGGCUCCGUCAACUCUUUCCGGUACUAAACAGUUCUCUCAGCAAAUGGACGAUAUGUUUCGAUAGUUUCGUGUUGCUUUGCCUUUAUUAAGAGGUUAUCUACUCGUAUUUAUUCGACGUGACUAUUAUUGGAGGUGGACGUGAGGGGACCGUUUUGUGCUACAAUGGCCCCAACGAUUCAGACGCAAGCACAGCGCGAGGACGGCCACAGUCGGCCAUCAUCACACAGAACUGUCCCAGAGAGGUCGGGUGUGGUCUGUCGGGUGAAAUACUGCAACAGCCUGCCGGACAUCCCGUUUGACCCCAAAUUCAUCACUUACCCAUUUGAUCAACACAGGUUUGUACAGUACAAAGCUACUUCACUGGAGAAGCAGCACAAACACGAGCUCCUCACCGAGCCGGACCUCGGCGUCACUAUCGAUCUCAUCAACCCAGACACGUACCGCAUAGACCCCAACAUCCUCUUGGAUCCAGCUGACGAAAAACUGUUAGAAGAGGACAUCCAGGCUCCGUCCAGCUCCAAAAGAUCCCAGCAGCAUGCCAAGGUGGUGCCGUGGAUGAGAAAGACGGAAUAUAUUUCCACUGAGUUCAACAGAUACGGUGUCUCCAACGAGAAAGUGGAAGUCAAGAUCGGCGUGUCUGUCAAACAACAGUUCACAGAAGAGGAAAUCUACAAGGACAGAGACAGCCAAAUCUCUGCCAUCGAAAAGACCUUUGAGGAUGCCCAGAAACCGAUUGCGCAGCACUACAGCAAACCCCGAGUUACUCCGGUGGAGGUUUUGCCCGCCUUCCCAGAUUUCAAGAUGUGGAUCAACCCGUGCGCUCAGGUCAUCUUCGAUUCGGAUCCUGCUCCGAAAGACAUGUCGGGCCCGGCAGGUGUGGAAAUGAUGUCCCAAGCCAUGAUCAGAGGCAUGAUGGACGAGGAAGGAAACCAGUUUGUGGCCUACUUCCUGCCCAACGAGGACACGCUUCGCAAGCGUAAACGGGACUGCGACGAGGGGCUGGAUUACAUGCCGGACGACCUCUACGACUACAAGAUUGCCAGGGAGUACAACUGGAACGUGAAGAACAAAGCCAGCAAAGGCUACGAGGAGAACUACUUCUUCAUCUUCAGAGAUGGAGACGGGGUUUACUACAAUGAGCUGGAAACAAGGGUGCGCCUGAGCAAGAGGCGAGCCAAGGCGGGCGCCCAGUCCACCACCAACGCCGUGCUGGUUUGUAAGCACCGAGAUAUGAACGAGAAGGAGCUGGAGGCCCAGGAAGCCCGAAAAGCUCAGCUGGAGAACCAUGAGCCUGAGGAUGAAGAGGAAGACCUGGACCUGGACCUGGACAUGGACAAAGACUCCGGCGAUGACAAAGAGAGAGGCAGUGGCAGCGAGGCCGAGAACUCCGUCAGCGAUUCUGACAGGGACGACGAAGAGACCGAGAAACGGGCGCGAGAGGUCGACGACGACGAUGACGAAGAGCGAGACAGAGCCAAGAUCAGCGGCAAGAACAAGAGGAGGCGGUCAAGCGACAGCGAAAGCGGCGAAGACCGCGCCCGCGAGAUGCGAGACGAGGAGGAGAUCUUCGGAAGUGACGACGACGACAGCGACAACGAGCCCAAAAGGAGCAGCGGCGAGGAGGGCAGCGACGAUGACGACGAGGGAGGAAGAGGAGCUAGCAGGAGUCGCAGCGCCUCCCCGGCUCACAGCGAGCGCAGCAGCGACCACUCAGAGGCUCAGGCGCAGAGCGGCAGCGCCAGCGAGAGGGUGUCUGAAUCCAGUGACGCCAGUGACUCUGAAUGAUUGCACUGUCGUCAUCAUGAUACAGAAGCCUGCGAGUACUUUUGAACUGGAGUCAUCUCGAUUUUUCAUCAUCUGUAGCUGUCAUUCUUGUUGAUUUUGUUUUUGAAGCAGCCAUUACACAAAACAAUGAAAAACUGUACCCUUCAUUUUUUUGGUAACUUUAUGUAAUGGCUUUAAAAACA